AUGCCGCCGCUGAAACCUCCUUUCUCUCCUUCCUACAGGCAGUCUGCCGUCGAUGCCGCUGCUCACGGUGCGCCGGGCGACGGGAAGACACCGCAGGCUGGGCCAUCUUCAGCCGGACCGCUGCACAUCAAGCUCGAUCCCAUAGGCACGCUGCCGACCAUCGCCCGCGUCAAGGAGCCGUACACCGAGCGAGAGACGAGACACGGCAGCCAUUUAGUAUACCUGGUGGAGGAUGAGGGCAUCGACAGGUUCGUCGCCGGCGACUUGAGCGUCAAGCGGCUGAACGACAUCCACGGCCUGCUCUGGAUGGCUGGACGACCGCUCAACGCGCGCAAGAUGCAGCGGUACAAGAUGAUCGGCUUCGAAUUCCUGCCCACGGAGCAGGCAGACCUGCAUCUCAUCCAUUUCUCGAACAAGAUCUACAUCAAGUCGCUGCCGGACUACAUCCUCGACUACGACUUUUGGGAGAAAUACCUGUGCAAGGACAACGAGCUGCACAAGCUGGCGUGCGGCUUCUUGCUCUCCUGGGUCUGGCUGAUAUGCUCGCCCAUCGACCUCCAGCUGGCCAAGGACGCCCAUCUCGUCUCGCCCCGGAUUACCUGGCCCUGGUGGAAGCAGUUUGUCAAGGACUUCAACCGGCACGUCGACUUCAACACCCUCAAAGAGGUCAACAAGCGAUAUCACUUUGGCGAGCUCAGGCUGGGGCGCAUCAACACUAUCUUCCGCCUGCGUUUCUUCCGCUCGCACUUCAUCCGUGGCUAUCUGUACAGCUACAACCGGUACCAGGUCUUCUUUGAACGCAACUUUGGUUGGCUCAUCGGAGCAUUCGUGUAUAUCUCCGUCGUGCUAUCGGCCAUGCAGGUCGGCACCGCCAUACCGCCGUUGAACGAGAGCGUGGCCUUCCAUAGGGCGUCGUACGGCGUAGUCGUCCUGUCUAUCGUUGCCGUGGCUGCUUGCCUCGUCUUUGUCGUCAUUCUCUUCUCCUGGAUCUACCUCUACAACAUGGUUGCUGCCAUCUGGCACUCACGCAGCGAGCGGCAGAAGAGGAAGAAACUCGCUUCCCAGCGUGCUGAAAAGACUGAGCUCGCUGACUGA